CCGUCCUGCCGAUCUUUCACAAAACUUACAUCAACCAGUACAAGGAUGAAGUCUAUCCUGGUGACCUUUGCCACCCUGUCAAUCGCGCUGGUGGUGGUCGUGGCCAUUCCGGCCAACUUCAACUACGGUGGCGGUGGCGGUUACUUCAUCAACGGAACGGGCCAAAGCUUCAACUUUUCCGGCGAAAGUAAUGGUACGAGCAUUCCGGGCCUGCCGGAUUUCGGUAGCUUCCUGCCGAACCUUGGCAAUCUGACGCAACAGUUCGGUGGAUCGUCGGGCACAUUCCCGCAGUUUAGCAUUCCAUCGUGGACGAACUUUACCGAUGCGUUCUCGUCCAUCUUUCCCUUCCUCGGCAAUGGGCAGGGUGGAGGUUUUCCGUUCUUCGGAUGAAGUGUGGUGAUGCGAUGCGAUAUGAACGAAAGUUAAUAAAAGUAUAUUAUGGCAGUCAAAUUGGUAUGGUCAGGUAUGGCUGUAUUGCAUCCGAAGCAAAGCGAAUCUAUUUUUUAGAGAAUAUGUUAUAUUUGCACAUGCUUAAUCAUAUUUAUAUGGCUUGCUAAUAUAUCACCGCUUUAAUAUAGUUAUGUCUCGCUCUUUCUCUCUUGUUGGCCUACUCACGAUAAGCCAUACUCACGUCGAUGUGACAUGGCCAGGUGACCAAUCAUUCUCCAGGAUGCUCAGUCCCUGUCUGUAGCCUUCCCAUCCAUGCAGACACCCGAUCUCCGUCAGGUCUCGCUUCACCUGGUCCAGCCAUCGAGUUCGCUGUCGAACACCUUCUUGGUGGGGUAUGAGUCCGGCAUCCGCAUGACAUUUAUUUGUUGGCAUCGAGACAUUGAAGCAACGGAACUGCAACGCUCAGAGUCUGUUUGUCGCGGGGCUUCUCGACAAUCGGAUUGACUCGCCCGCGCUUCGUUCGAAGUUCAACAUGCAGGUUCCGCCGAGAUCGCUCCGAGCUAGAUCGCUAUUCGACGUAGCGAGGAUCCCCGCACUCGA